GUGGACGAUGGGAUUCUAUGCAAAACACAUGGAUUCUAAAGGGGGCGUAGAAUAUCCAUGGGAAGGGAUAAAUAGAUAGCUCUGUGUCCCCCGGGGCCACGCGCUUUGGUUUAUGAGACCAAAGUAUCGAACCAGACGACUACGACACUUCAAUUGAUACCAUUCCUCAAUCUGAUCAUCCAUCACUCGAAGUCGACGCAACAGCUACGCUUAUACACAACUCUUCACAAAGAGACCGCACGAGAAAAUCCGACGAUGACUUCAUCAGGACGAGGCGCGAGGGCUACCUUCGUCGUUGCGCCCCCCGAGUCCAUCAAAGUUGGUCGAGAAUUCCCAAUCAUCAUCCAAGCCCCUGCCAACGAAGACAAUGGCUCAAUGGGGUUCCUGACGCUUCACUCCGUCACAUCGCGCUCGAGCGGGCCCUCAGAGGCCUCAGAGUACGUCAAAGGAAGCCUCGUUGGAAAUUGGGACGUUAUGUCGAAUUGCUACGAUGCGAUGGAGUUCAAGGUCAAGGUGACUCGACCUGGGAGUUAUUAUCUUCAGGUUCAGCUUUACGGCGAGCCUAGAGAUAACCACGACGGGAGAGGCCUUACAGUGGAACAUCUGGGAGGCGUGGAGAGCCAGAGGUUCCGUGUGCGCGAGAAGAGCUCUUCACCUAGGAGUUCCAAGCGCUGAUACGGAAAGGAUAUCUGCCCAAGGGCUUAUUCAUGACUGAGAAACGAAUUUAUGACGGUGCGAAAAACUGGGUAUGGCUUGGUUCGGGAAGAUUCGGUCCCUUGCGGGAAUAGAAAGGUAGAGAAACGCUUGCAAUGGCGGUCUAUGGGUUUUGGAUGGAACAUUCACAUCGAUAGCUCCUUUGUUAUUACUGAUUAUAAAGAAAUAGAC